AUGUUUGCCAAAAGUAGCAGGUUUUUGAAUUUAAAAAAAUUUGCAUGUCAAAUACGUUCAAAGGUUAGCUUGACUGCCAUGGAUGCGUCCAACAGUUCACCUAUCAAAAGACCCACUCCAAUAUUGAUACUUGAAACCAAUGCACCCAAAGGUUGGUCUGCAGAGUGGCAGAAUCGAUUGAGUCAACUCGGUUACAUGUCUACAGUCGCACACUUAUCAAUAACAGACAAGCACCUUGGGCCAGACGAACGAUUGAAUAUGUAUUACAAAGAAUUAUCGGAUUGUACAAAAUCCCUCUCAUUCUUUCCCCCUCUCUUUAUCGGACAUGAUUAUGAAUCCUGGAGAGUUUGUCAGAAAUAUGUGUCCAAUAAGCCCGUGUCUGGUUUGGUGCUUUUAGAGCCAAAACACUCUACAAAGACAGACCUGCCGUCUAGUGAAUUCGAACCACGUUUUCCAAUCGCCCUUGUCUCCAGUCUACCAAACUCAACCCCUCCAGCCUUCUUGGAGGGUUGGAUAGACCAUGAGACUGUCAAUGAGGACAAUGAGAUGUUUAAAAGGAUGAUUACCUGGAUGGAUGAUGUUGGAAUGUAA